GAUGUGCCAAGUCCUACAACUCGUACACUGCAUGACAGCUGAAACGGAAACCAUAAUAUUUGAUAAUUUGGCAUAGGCUAUAUUUAUCUAAAUCUAUCGGGUCUUUCGUAGACAAGUAAAGAGCAAUCGCCUUCUUAGCAGAGCGGACUGAAGAAAAUGCCGGCGGUGACGCUGUUGCUCCUUUUUGCAUCGUGUUUACAUGGUUUCACUGAAGCUCAACAACAUUUUAUUGUAAAACCUCAAGAUACAGAAGUUGUCCAAGGCCUUACUGGAAUUCUUCAUUGUCAAGUCGGGAAUCUUCAAGGUGCAGUUCAAUGGAGUAAGGAUGGAUUUCUACUUGGUUUUGAAGCAGCCAUCCCUGGUUACAAGAGGUACAGCAUGCUUGUUGAUGUAGAAAGAGGCAUUUAUAAUCUCAGGGUCCGAGACGUUAAGCUCGAAGACGAAGGUGAAUACCAAUGUCAGGUUGGACCAGCUUAUAAUGAGGGUCCUAUAAGAGCAGCUGCGCGGCUAAUUGUAUUGGUUCCUCCGGACCAGCUGACGAUAAAUGGAAGAACCACUCAUAAAACUAUUAAAGUUCACAAAGGCGAGAGAAUCAACUUGGCCUGCAGCUCUCAAGGAAGUAAACCAAGCGUUCAACUUAAUUGGUACAGAAACAAUGUUCAAUUAUUAACAGAGUCAGAAGAUACAGUUAUUAGACAGGAAGAGAACAAACUGUACACAACAGUAAGUACGAUUUUGUUAUACCCCACUUUGGACGACAAUGGCGCCAUCUAUAUUUGUGAAGCCGUCCAUCCUGCCAUGCCACUAGCAUGGAAAACUUCUGUCACCAUAAGUGUCCUUUAUCCACCCGAAACGCCUGUAAUAACUGGGUAUACGAGAAAAGACGUAAUAACGAAAGGUGAUAUUGUUUCUUUAACGUGCGUUUCCGAAGGAGGAAAUCCACCUGCCCAGCUACGUUGGUUUCGGUUUAAUACGUCUCUGAAUGGUAACUACAACUAUAAUAACAGCAUGGCUGCAAGCAUUCUGACCUUCACGGCAACAGCAAGCGACAACAACGUCACUUAUCGGUGUGAAGCUAGUAGCAGCGUUGUAACAAAGCCAUUGUCCGCAUCAAUAACCAUAUCCGUCCAAUAUCCACCAGAAGGAGUUUACGUAACUGGACCACCAGAAGCUAGGAGAGGAGAUGUUAUUACUGUCACCUGUACCACGUCACCUAGCAACCCGGCACCCAACGUUAGGUGGCGAGUAAAUGGCAGGUAUAUUGUUGGAGAAGAAGAGUACACAACAAAAACUAUUGAUGGUUGGGUCACCAAGUCAAAGAUCACCAUCUCCCUCACCAGGCAGGAUGCGGAUUCCAAGACUGUAGUCUGUCGAGCAGGAGAUGAAGGCAUUGGCUACACCAAUGGAAGUUUGCAAAUAAAAGUUUCAUAUCCACCUGAUCCACCAGCCAUUCUUGAGUAUGAGGAAGGAAACCCUAUUUUGGUAGGAGACAUUCAGAGGUUUAACUGUAUUUCGCUUGGAGGUAACCCUCCAGCUAGUCUACAGUGGUUUCGUGGAGAGAGAAAGAUCAGCACUCAGUCUCGUAUUACUGGAAGCGGUAUUUCUAGCGAACUGAUGAUCAAAGCAAGACGGGAAGACAACGGCGCAGUUUAUCGAUGUGAAGCCUCUAAUUCUGCCACUGUUAACCCUCUCAUCGCUCGCAUUCAAUUAUCCGUCAAUUUUCCACCCAGGAAUGUGACCAUUCACGCAACACCGAAAUACCCCAGAGAUGGGGAAAAGAUUUCCUUGGUGUGUGUAACAGAUAGCAGCCAACCCCCUGCAAGUAUCACCUGGUGGAGGAACGAUCAGGAAUUACAAAGUGAACAAGAAGAGCGUUUAAACGCUAUUUAUGGAGGAAUUUCAACGGUCAGCAAGCUGGAACUGGUAGUGACAGCAGAAGACGAUGGCUCCCUCUUCACGUGUUCAGCUGUUAAUAAAGUCACGCGAGGAAUUGUCAGAGAUGUGUUUCUCCUAUCGGUGAUCUAUAAACCUGUAUUCUUGCACCUCAUCAAAACGAUUGAUAUCAUAGAAAAUCAGACAGUCGUCGUGAAUAUGUCUGCACGAGGUAAUCCACCGCCCAUUCAAUACACGUGGAUUUUCCGCGAGAUCAAGAUCCCGCCAGCUUCAUCGCGCUUUAAUUAUGAAGGACGACGGAGGAUUACUGCAGAAGGACCGUUUCUUAAAUUACAAAACGCUAGUCGAUUGGACAGUGGAAUCUACUAUUGUAAGGCAGAGAAUGAGGAAGGAUCAUCAAAUGCAUCUGUAGAGUUGAAUGUUUUGUAUCCAGUUUCAAUUUUAAAUCUUACCCAAAACCAAAUGGUAAAAGAGGGUGAGAAGUUUAUGCUAGAGUGUUGGAUCGAUGGUAAUCCAAUAACACACGACACGGUAAUGUGGAGACGACGGGGUGUGGACACGGUUUUGGAGAGCAGAAGUUCAGGUUCAGGAAGAUUUCUCUUGGAAAUCGACAAGAUAACAAGAACACAUUCCGGCGAGUACGAGUGUGUAGCCUUUAAUGGCAUUGGCCAACACGAUGUCGAACAAGUACAACUUUCAGUUAUGUACAGGCCAGUGUUUCUAGAGUCAAACAUGGAAACAAAAGUUGCUGGCGAAGAAGGUAAAAGUGUUGUGAUGAGGUGCGAAGUAGAUGCAAUGCCUGAUGUCACGUUUGAUUGGUAUUUUAAAGGUAGGCCAAUCAGUUGGGUAUUUCCUGUGUGGAAAUACACCACGAAAACUGAAAGAAACGAAGAUUUGAACUGGAUCAACAUUCUGCAUAUAUAUGACGUUACCUUGACCGACUUUGACACUUAUACUUGUGAUGUUUCCAAUGUCCUUGGAAAAGCAUCAGUGGACAUAGAUCUUGUGAAAUCAAGCGAACCAGACCGCCCAUUUGAAAUACGUACUUGUAACGUUACCCACAUUUCAGCUUGUGUUUCCUGGAAACCAGGCUUCGACGGUGGAUAUAGCCAAACCUACGACGUAUUUUGGAAGAAGGAAGAUGACAGAAACUACAGCAUUUUUCAUAAUAUCAACUCUUCCCUUUAUAUUUUCAGAAAUCUGAAACCUAAAACGAAAUAUUUAUUUAAAGUAGUUGCUAAAAACCAUCUAGGAUCAAGUCAGCCGAGUGAAGAAUUAAUUCUGUGGACAAAACCUGUUCCAUCAGUGGAGUCUACGAAGGUCGUGAACAAUCAAGUCUACAGCAAGGAGGCGCUGAUAUCACGGUUAGUUUGGACAUCCAUUGCUGUAUGCGGAGCAGUGAUCUUUAUCUUAAUUGCCUUUAUUGUAGCCUGCUGUCUACGGAGAAGACAUCAGUUACGAAGAGAAGCAGAAGCGGCUCUUCGAAUAUAUCAACUUGUACAAAAUGAAGAAUAUUUAAAGAUGUUUAACAAUGUGGAUGGACAACCAUUCUUUGUAAGCGGAAGAACAGCAGAAGGGGUUUCGAGGGAAGAAGGAGACGCUCAGGAUAUUCAGAUGGCAGAACGUGAAGAAUUUUGGAAGAGACGAGAGCUUAAUCGACCAACACGAUCUGGAUCCUGUUCCUCUCAACUAGAAGCCUGGGGAGACGAAGAAAUCCGUAGGCUGAAAGAUGGUGUUCCGCUGGAAGAAAGAUAUGAUUGUCCUGAUCUACUUAAAAAAGGUUCAAUGCCAAAUAAAGAAAACUGUUCUAAGAAACCUCUAUUACACGAAGAGGAUAUCUCGACAAUUCUUAGUUACGUCGGUGGUCCCGUUAUAUCAUCACCUCUAUUACACGAAGAGGAUAUCUCGACAAUUCUUAGUUACGUCGGUGGUCCCGUUAUAUCAUCACUUGAUGGUGGUUCUGCAAAGGAUGAGAGUCUUCGUACUGCACGGAACACUUCUGAAGAUACAGAGAUAGCAAAACUUUCAGAUCAGCACGAGCCCUUUCUAGACCACCGCAUGGAAUACUCGCGGGAAAUUGUUAUACCAUGAAGGCUAGAGAUACGAGAUGUUUAUCUAAUCACUCGUAAACUAUCAACAGAAGUAAUUUUCGAGUAUAUAGAUCAAACGUAAUACCAUACUCACAAAUACUCAAACAUAUAUAUAUAUAUUACCGUAUGAAGUACACAACAUCGGUGAUAAGUGUGCCUCAUUGCAGUGAUGUUAAUUUAAUGUUUGGUUUUCCCUCUAUAGAAGAAUGAUAAUGUAAAAUAAGAGUCAAUACCUUCAAACGCUCCUUUAAGAUUAGCAUCUGUUUCAUUGGCUAAAUCUUAUAAACUGCCCCGAGUGUACUAUGAGCAACAAAUCUAUCAGUAGUUCAUCAAAUGUCUUUUGAAAGUACUGAUUUUCGAUAGAUUGAAACACAAGAGGCGGAUAUUACGAUGAUAACAGAAAUCUUUAAAGUUUAAAACUGAUCGCCAGAGUCGUCAAAAAUGAAUAAAAAAAUUCAUAGAUAAACCUUUCGAUCGAAUAUUUUCUUUGAGUGCCAGGUUAUUUUAUUGGUUUCCUAUGGAGAAAGGAGCUAACGAUUUUAUUAUAUGUUUGUGUUUGAUUUGAAAUGUUAUCAGGAAACCCUACAUGUGUAGGAGUACGAACCUGCCAUAUUUCUCUAAGGAGAGUUUCAUAAACCAGACAAGAUGAAAGAGGGAAAUAUUUAAAGUAUGAGCCCUCCAAUCACUCGUAAUAAGAAGACUUUCGAGCAUCAUGCGAUCAUAAUAUGACAUGACGAAUGCAAGUUGCUCAAGAUAACAGGAUUUCUACGUCACAUAUUGGAAAACGUUAGAGUGUUGGGCGAACAAAGUUUCUGCAGUGCCAGCAUUUGUCUGUUUGGAUUUGUCUUAAUUAGAUUUCUGGCACAAAUUGGCGGGAACCAUGUUGCUUUACAGCUGGACCCUGCAUCUAAGAACGUGAAAAAUAUGAGUGCAGUAAAGAAAAGGGGAUAUCAGAGAAAACAGAGAUGCCUAAAGAAACGAAAUCCAUGAAUGUUUUAUCAUGUUUUCAAGUUUACUGAAAACUUCAUCCUUGAAUCGACAACACAGUUUCGUGGGCUUACAGCAAGUGUGGAGAAAUUACAGUGUAUUAGAAAACGUCUCGUUGUGUUUACUUUAGGGAUAAUACAUUUAUUAUUAAAUUGUUUUCUGAUUCUUUUCGCUGUUUGACAGUUUGUUAUCUGAGUGUUUACAUGAGGCUUCUAUAAGUGCUCAGAGUUCGUAUCAAUUGAUAUUUUUAAUUCGUUGCAACAUUUUUCAACCAAACUUGUCUUAUCGUAAAAACAACUUUGAUGUUAUCUGGAACUACAGUAAAGAAUACUCUAUUAGAUGAUGUAACCUUGAGCAGUAAUCAUAAGACAUCUGUAACAGCUACCAGGAAGCUGCCUUAAACAUUUGAAUGAAUACAUUCAGGCUAUUCCAGCUAAUUGAUAAACUGCAACUAUUCCUGGUCAUAAAAGAAUUCCAUUCUGUCAAAAUAAUGGUCACUGGAAUUUCGCUGACGCUCUCAGUUAUGUAUAUUGAGAAGUAUUUAAUUUGAUUGUACAGCUUAGUCCUAACGAAGUAAUUAUUAUUCGAAAACGCACUUAUCUAUACUAAAAUGUCGACAAUGGUGUGUGAUCUUGGGGUCGCUAAACAAUACCCUAUACGUUAUACGUCUAUAACUGCUCAGAACGGUUCGGAAUGAUAGUUAUAAUUGUAAAAUUGUAUUUAAUCGGAGGCUAUAAGGGCAAUAUUAACAAAGACGACAAAUUUUGUCAUUCUGUGGUUUUUCAGUGUUUCAUAAAAACUGAGAAACUACAUUUUUCAGAUCAUAAUAAUUCUUGAUGUAUGUGCCCUUCCUUCAUAUCAUUGUUUUGUCAUUAUCUGGCAGUAGAGAACUGCAGUAAAGUCUGACACCAAUUAAAAUAAUUCACCGAUGAUUUUUUAUGAUAUAAAACUCUGUUAUUUAAAUUCUGUUGAUAUCAUGUGAGUGUAAAUACAUCUUGGAUGUUACCGUGCGAAAUAUUGGAUUGAUAUCGUUAAAGAUGUCUUUUUUCAAAUACUAUCUCCAUUAUUACUGAAAAUGGGGGUGUUAUAUUCACUAAUAAGUGAAUGUCAUAGACUAGGUGCCAGGAUUAUAUAAAAUACAAUUAAAACUACUUUUUUACUUUAAAUAUUUUACUGAAUUGUGAUGUUAGUACGAGUGGUUGUAAUUGAAUUUAUUCAUUUGUUGUCGAAUUUAAUGUUGUUUAUUGGAUUUGUAUCCAACACAAGUGAAAAACUUUUAUCUUGUGUGAAUGUCUAACAGCC